GGAGCUUCAUCACCAUGUUUUGAAUGCAAAUGCAGAAAUCAUCCGGUCAACACACUGUUUUUGUGAUAAACCACUUCGAAAGUCAUAAUAAAUCAUCGCUCUUGAAUUUUUUCGAGUCAAUUUCAUUUUCUCAACGACUAAACAAGUUUGACAAAACCUUGUGACAAGACUGAGAAUCUUUUUUUAAAUAAAUAAAUGGUAUUCGAUUUAUAAAACCAAGGAGUUUUCAAUUAAAAAGAUUUUAAUAUGACAGGAACAGUGGAAAUAUUCCAUUCCCGAUACUUUUAGUGCAGCCUGUGUAAAGGAGGAUCCUAAUUCGAGGUCGUUUCUCCCGAACUUUUUCCAAGACAAGUUGCAAACAAUUGUUAGUGUACCACUCUGCAGUAACUGUUUUUCGAUCCUCUAAAACAAUUGUUGCGUAUUGUCCUGUUCUUCCGAAGAACGAGGCCACCAUCUUUUUUCCCACGCUUAGACCUCUCUUCACUUUAGUUGGCAACUCCUCGGAAGGAAACACCCAGACAGCAGACUGUCUCUUAGUUUCAGGAUCAUAACACUAAAUCCAGCUUUCGUCACGCGUAAAUAUGUCGAACACAGCAUUUGAGUCAGCUCCGUUAAAUCUUUGAACCAUUUCACGGAAAGGCCAAUCGAAGUCUAUCAUAACUUUCUUGUUGACUUAAAUGACACCGAAAGUCAUAACAAUCAUUGUACGAAAAUUUUCUCGCGUUAAAUUCAUGCUGACGUGACACAGACAAUUUUCAAUUUGCCGCCAAAUUGUAAACAAAUGACAAAUUAAUAAAAUACAUACACAAUAAUAUUGACAAAGAGUUCCUUUUUCAAAUUUUGAACUUAUUUUUUUAUUAUAUCGUUUAUAAGUGGCCAGUUCUAAAAACUUUCAGUGUCGCCCUCGUACAUCGAUAUCUCUGAAACUAAGCCAGAUAUCGAAAAAUUGUAUUCUCCCUUUUCGGCGUAUCUCGUCCAGAUCUAUGCGAAUCCGCGAAGGCGCCGUAAUAUUUUUUAUAUUUAUGAAAAUAAUGAAGCAUAUUAAAAAUAAUACUCAAAACUCUUACUUAUUUUUGUAAUUAACGAUUUUAUCCCCAUAUUUGUGUCAAUAUGUUUCGUAUAUUUUGUUUUGUUACAGUAAAGCUUGAAAAUAAAUGUUUAAAACAUGAGCUGUUGUUACCAAAUCACUUUAUGUACAAUUUAAAGUUGUAUUCUCAAUUUAAACUUUAUUAAAUUUUUGUUAAUUGGUCACAUGUUGAAAUCUUUUUACUUUGUAACAUUUUAAAUAAUUGGUAAAACAUUGCGACAAAACUGUUCUUAAAAGGAAAGAAAUAAUGCUUAAUGCAGGAAUGGCGGAAUCUUAAUAAGAUUCCGCCAUUCCAUUCCAAAAGUGUUCAAACAUUUUGUGAUUGCUGACAUGACUAUAAAACUAAACACUACUAUACGCCGACGCUCGCCACGUGCCAUAAAACGUGUGGACAGCAACGAUGAUAUUGCCUGGCCUCUGUCAUUCUUGCUAUAUGCGUGAAAUAAUUACCCACAAUCGUGAGGCGCCCCCGGGGCAGAACGCAGUCGGGGCUAGCGCGUUCUAGACGAUUGAAUGUUAAAGUUUUUUAACGUUGUUUCCGUAAAAAAAAUUGUGUAAAUAAUUGUUGAAAUACUCAUCGAAGUAGUUUUUGUUUAGUGUUUAGUAUAUUUAAUUGUAAGAUAAAAUAGUUAAAAAGUUUUAAUGAAAUUUAAGAAUCAUUUGUAUGUAUAUUUCAUAAAUUAUAAUGGCAAAACGUCGUUCCUACUAUAAUUGUUGCGGGGAUGAGGAUGGAUGCCUAAUGAGCAAACAAAAGGAUUCAGAUAUAUCAUUUUUUAAGUUUACCGAAGGAUAUUGAAAGGGUGAAUUUAUUUAAUUUUUUGGUUAGAUAGGUACUUAUAGAGAAAAAAGAAUUAAGUAAUAAUUUAACUAUAGAAGUAAUACGUAAGUACUUUAUUACAAAAGUGAGUUGAAAUUUACUUCACUAUCCAAGUACCCACUUACAUAUCUAUACUUGUCUUUUGUAAUUAAAAUAUUUUAAGUUAUAAUAACACAAAAUACGAAAAUUAAAACUGUUUACAAAAUUUUUAACUAAGUAGAAUACGAUCAAAUUUCUGUUAGGAAUCGCAUUUCGGGCUUAUUUGUUGUUUACACUAUACAGGAUGUCCCAGUAAUGGUGGAUAAUCUGGUACGUACGUGUACGGGCGGGGGGGAGGUGGCCUCGGUUCCCUAAAAAAAAUUCUAUCCCGAAAGGUUCGCGGUUUACGCCAUGUUUUAUAAAAUUCCGAAAAUUCGUACUUCUGCUCACAUUUGUGGUCAUCACGUCCGCAGUUUAAUGCCUAGAUCGGAUUUUUUUCUUUUAAUGUGUUCCCUAAUAAUGAUGUUUCUAAAUCUACACUUCUACACUAAUAUUAUAAAGAGGAAAGAUUUGUUUGUUUGAAUUGAAUAGGAUCCAAAAUUACUGGACUGAUUUGACUUCCGAAUGGAAUGGUUGCUUCAAUGAUUGGUUCCAUCGUAUGGAAAAAUGUGUCGAAUUUCGCAGAGAAUACUUCGAAAAGCAAUAAAUAUAUUUUUAAAUAGUAAUGUUGUGUCACUUUCUUGAUUCCCGAAAUUUUCAGUGCCGCCCUCGUAUACGACAAUAUUACACGCUUGGUUACAUAUGUAGUCCGUGUGUGCACUCUACUGUUACACUUACUGGUCGUAUGGAAGGCCUAAUGACACGCCGUAUGGUAACGCAACGAUAUCGCUAAUUUUAAGUGAUUGUGUUAAAAAUUAAAAAUCUUGUUUUAUGUUCAAGAUGUUCUUAUUAUAAUUAUUAGAAUCAGGCGUUACUUUGCGGAAAUAGAUUAUUUUAAGCACUUUAAAAAUUAGUUAGCUAAGAUCCACGUAGUAAAAAUAAAAUGAGGGUAAACUUUGAAGAGCACAUCCCGCCCUACCUCAAUUGCUUGCUAUGUCUCUGUUACCUCUAAACCCACCACCACUACAGUAGGAAAAUAACAGGAGAAAAAACACUGCGGAGUCUAUAUAGACCAACGAAAAUCACCGAACCUCCUGAAUCACCCAGACGUGUUGUAUAUCACAACACGUCUCGGUGAUUCAGCCAAAAGAAAUUAAUAUAAAAAAACAUAUUUCGUUUUAAACGUAUCGUUCUCCUGUAUCGUGGAAUAAACGUUUCUCCUGUAGUUAGUUAGUUUCUCGUGGAGGCAGUUUACAAACAUAAAUUCCGCAAGGACAAACAUUCAGACCCGCAACAAUUAUAUUUAUAGGACAUACAAAUACUUGUUCCGUGUGGGAUUCGAACCCGCGGCCUUCAGCGCUGCUACUCAAUGAUAAGCCACUAACGCCACGAAGCCGUCAGAUGUGUAUGUAACAACAUAAUCAUAAACACGUUAACAAACUUUUCUUUUCGUUUUCCAGACAUUUGUACAUUAUUGUCUUCCGUAUGUUAAGAAAGAAAGAAGCAAGACUUUUUAAUUUUCAAUAUAUUAAAAUGAUAAUUAUGAUUCGCUACAUCAUCGUGUAAUUUCACUUGCACUGUUUUGAAAUUUUCAAAGCCUAGCUUACUUUCUUUAUUUGCAUAAUAUAUUACUUUCUUAUAUUUUUUAUAAGCUUUAAAGUGAAAUUACACUCGUAAAUCUUAUAGGACUAUCUGACGAGAUAUUAGAGACUAUACAACGGGAGGACUGCAUAAAAAAACUUUCAAUUCUUAAAAAAGGACUCGAGACCCUGAAAGAACAACGAAAUGAACUCCACAGCGAUCCCAAACGAUCUCCAAAUCCCGACACCAAACGAUUUCUGAAAGAAAACAAUAAUUUCCAGUUGGAGAUCCAGAAUAAGUUGAAGACGAUCAACAAUGUGGUGGAUAUGUUAAAUGGGCUCAUUGGUGAUGAAGCACAAGUGGAAAAAGACGUAGAUGACUCAACUGAGCGCUCUUCAAAGCGCAAAUCCAGGUCGCCGUCGGGCAAAAAGUUCAACUAUGUGUACUACGACCCGGAGAUGCACUGGUGUCCGGUCUGCAAUGAGUUCCCCGCCACAACCAAGGACUAUUUGACUCAUUUGCAUUCACCGGGACAUCACAAAAUGGCAGCAGCACAUAUGGAAGCACCAUGGCACUCAGUGCCCUGCAUGAACGAACGCUUCCCCAAUUAUCCGUCUGCACCCACUAAGCGCACUCCUAUCAGAGGUCUCCAAUUCUUUGUGCCGUCAACGGCGUGGUACUGCAAGCUCUGUGACCAAUUCAUCGGGGACCUGCAUUGUGCUUCCGCCCAUCUCGAGUCGAUCGUUCACUCUAAAAAUUACACUAAUUUCGUGGAACAAAACCCGCACUGGGAGACAGAUUGGAUGUCAGACAGACAAAAAGCGUUUGAGAAGAGCCGAGCUAACGCAAAAAUGGAAGAGAAGCCACAAUAUACAGCUCAUACUAUUACAUUCUGUAAAGAUGGUUUCCACACAAAAACACAGAAAGACAGCCCGCCUCCAACAUCAAGCACUGAAAAGAAAAGAAAGAAGGAGAAAAAGAAGAAGAAGGGAAAGAAAAUGCGAGCAGUCAGCAGUUCUUCAAACAGCAGUUCAAGUAGCUCUGAUAGUGAUUC